GCAGGCAGGCACGGAGGCAGGCUUGCUAGACGGACGGCAGGCUGGUGCCAAGGUUGAUGAGGCGGCCAAGCAGCUAGAGAGAUCCCCACCGCCACCGCUGCUGCUACUGCUACUUGCUGCUGUUUUGCUACUUGCUGCUGUUUUGGCGGCUGCUGCCAUAGUGAGGGGAAAAACACAAAGCGCAUCCUCGGCUCAACCAUGGCCCAGCAGCAGGGCGCAAAGCGCGCCGUCACUACCAUCCGUCUGAUCAUUAACGCGGGUCAAGCGAAGCCUGCUCCCCCCGUCGGACCCGCCCUUGGUCAGCACGGCCUCAAUUUAAUGGGUUUCUGUAAGGAGUUCAACGCUCGCACGCAGCAGAUGAAGCCUGACGUGCCCGUCCCUGUCACUGUGACGGCGUAUGCUGACCGCACAUUUGACUUUCAGAUCAGAUCCCCGUCACCCAUGUACUUCCUGAAACGUGCGGCUGGAAUCAACCGCUGCGCAAAGAGUCCCGGCCAUGACGCAGCAGGCACCGUCACUCUGAAACACAUCUACGAGAUUGCGAAAAUCAAACAGCAGGAUCCGGAUUGCCAGUAUCUCUCUCUGAAGGGGAUUUGCACAUCGUUGAUUGGCACGGCAAGGUCCAUGGGGAUUAAAGUUGUCAGGAACCUGGACAGCGAAGCCACAAACUGAUAGAGAUGAAGAAGAUGAAGAUGAAGAUGAAGAUGAGGAUGAGGUGAAGAGGAUGAAGAGGAUGAAGAGGAUGAGGAUGAGAGAAGUGCCCUACUUUUUCAAGGAUUGUGGGGUGGGGUGUGGCCACAUGGGGCGGGGCAGGGUUGGGUUGGGUUGGGUAGGGCGGGGGGACGGGGGUGCGGGGGGGAACCUUUAAAGUUUCUAUCAAGGAGUGGAUGGUCUAUGCUAUUGAAUAAAUGACUUCUUUAGGGGCCUUGGUUGGUUUUGGGGUUUGGGGUUGGGGGGAAAGACUUUAAAAAAUUGGUGAGGUUUUGGGGCUUGAAAGAAACAGCACCACUCAAAUAGCCUUUAAAGUUUAAAAUUUAAAUAAAUAUUACCAGUAAAUUCCUUGCGAGACG